AUGAUGGAGUCAGACUUACACAUUGUGUAUGAGGACACAGGGGCAUUAAAACCUGAGAUAUCUGCGUCAGUUGGCAAUCUUCUGGGCUUGCUGGAAGCACAAUCUUCAACAUUCAGGGAAUCUAUCCUUGUCAUUCCUAAACUCAUCCGCGAACGAGCCAAGAGACAUGAACACAGCGAAAAACUCUACCUCGAGGAAACACACUCUGAGCGCUUGACGUACUCCAUAAGGAUUGGCGAAAGGGACCGUACUCUUCACCUGGAGAAAAACAGGGACUUUCUGUCAGCUGAUUUUGUGGAGUAUUCCCACGGUUUGCGAGGGAAACUGGUUGAAAGGACGCCAGCGAACCAUGUGCACUGUCAUUACUAUGGUUACGUGGAGGAUGAUGAGGACUCACUGGUUGCCCUCAGUACCUGUGCAGGGCUCAGCGGUGUGAUUCAUGUGGAUGAAAAGAGUUACGGACUGAAGCCGGUUCCUCAGUCCAGAUCCAGUGAACACCUCCUCUACACUCUGGACCAGUCUGGGUCGGAACCAUUUGUGUGUGGCCUCUCCAACACCACGGCCCACACAGACCCCCACCCCCCUCACCCCCUCUCCCUGGCCGUGCUCCUGAGGCGCAAGCGGAACCUCCCUCAGACGCGCUACGUGGAGCUGAUGCUGGUGGUGGACAAGCUGAGGUACGACUUCAAGAAGCAGAACAUGACAGCAGUGAGAGAGGAGGCAGUACAGCUGGCCAACCUCCUGGAUGGGUACUAUAAGCGUCUGAAUGUGCGUGUGGUUCUGGUGGGCCUGACGGUGUUUGAGGAGGAGAACCCCUUCAGUGUGGACGAGGGCUCGGCAGGGGACGUGUUGGGGCGCUUUGUCAACUGGAGACGCACAAAACUGCUCCCCAAGAGGAGACACGACGUGGGACAACUCAUAGUGGGGCGGUCCGGUGCGUACCCCAAUGGCGUGCUGGGAAUGGCCUUCGUUGGCACCGUGUGUUCUGUGCACAACUCUGGAGGAAUCAACGUGUUCAGCGGCGAUGAUGUGGCUGGGUUCUCUAUGGUGUUGGCCCACGAGAUGGGACACAAUCUGGGCAUGAGUCACGAUGCCGGGGACUGCCCCUGCCGCGGACAGCAGGGCUGCAUCAUGACAGAGUCCGCUGGGGGGGCGCCCUUGUUCAGUGACUGCAGUGGGGACGACUUCCAGCAGCUGAUCCUGAGGGGAGGGGGGGGCUGUCUACUGAACCAGCCCCCGCCCUCUGACGUGCUUACCGUGGCGGUGUGCGGCAACGCAGUCCUGGAGAAGGGAGAGGAGUGUGACUGUGGAACUCCAGAGGAGUGUAAGAGUCGGUGCUGUGACGCAGCCACCUGCCGUCUCACGUCUGGCUCGGUGUGUGCUGAGGGAGCCUGCUGUCAGGACUGCCAGUUUAGAGUGGCAGGAUCAGAGUGCAGAAGGUCAGAGAACCAGUGUGACCUGCCUGAGUUCUGUAGCGGUUCCUAUGCGUUCUGCCCUGGGGAUUACUACCUGAUGGACGGUCUGUCCUGUGCUAAUGGAGAAGCCUUCUGCUACGAGGGACGCUGCCAAACAUAUGACUACCAGUGCAAGCAACUGUUCGGCCCAAAUGCGACUAAAGCAGACGACCGAUGUUUCACUCAAAUGAACAGCAAAGGUUGCGUGUUUGGCCACAACGCUUCCAAGCCAAUCCCAUGUGCCUUAGAAAACGUGAUGUGUGGAAAGAUCCAGUGCACCAACUUUGUCUCCAACGACAAAGAACGUGCAACAUUUUCCAAACGGCGCCCCAGAGUGAUCAUUCAAUCAAGGAAUAUAGGGGACGGGGUCAUCUGUAAUAACGCAGAUUAUGAUUUGGGCUCCGACGUGCUUGACCCAGCUUACGUCAACCAGGGCAGUGUGUGUGCUCCUGGAAAGGCCUGUCUGACCUUGAAGUGUGUGAAUGACUCGGCCCUGAUUCAGGAUACUAGCUGCAAUGCUGGGGAGACAUGCCAUGGCAACGGGGCAAACACGGCACAGCACACGAAAAGUGACCAGAGUGACACAGCAACCACACAGCAACCAAUGAUCACACGUGAAUAUGCACUGACGGGACUCCACCACCAGGUGACUAGCCCCCCUCCAGGAUAG